AUGCAUCUGCAACACAAAUCCAACACAAGUUCGUGCUUGAAGACCGGAAAAAUGGGAUUUGCCUGUCUAGAGAACUAUGUUCAGAAAUGUAGCUGUCAGGUGAAAGGCUUGAGAUGGGAGCGGGAUCAAAGAUGCAUUCAGAAUAUUUCGAUAAAAUUGAGAGUAAUGGGAUUCACGCAUUUGGAAGAUUUAGCAAAUGAAUUUAAACUUGAUCUGAGAGGUUUGAGUUGGAAGAAGGAGAGUAAACUCAUUGAAAAUUUACCUCUAAAAAUCAGAAUACUGGGAUUAACUUAUUUGGAAGAUUUUGCAAAGGAAAAUAGUUUUAAGUUAAAGGGCUCAAAAUGGGAAAAGGAACAUAAAUUCAUCCGAAUUUUGCCCAUUAAAAUCCAAAUAAUGGGAUUUACUUAUCUGGAAGACUUUGCAAAGCAAUAUAGAUAUCAUUUAAGAGGUUUGAGCUGGAGCACGGGUCAAAAAAUAAUCCAGAAUUUGCCCCUAAAACUGAAAAUAAUGGAAUUUGUAUAUCUGGAAGACUAUGCAAAGAUAAAUAGCUUUGAGUUAAAAGGUUUUAAAUGGGAGGAGGGGCUACAAAAUUCAGUGAAUCUUCCCGAUCGGCCAGAGAUUGAAGAUGAAAGUUCGAUAGAGGAAAUCGAUAUGCUCAGAGAUGAAGAGAGAUGUAAAAAAAUAGUUUAUAUAGUGGAUUGGGAAAUGCGACAGUUAAUUCUUGGAGCUUAUGCUCGACUUAUGAUCUCUGAUAGUGAAGAAUUUUGCAGAAAGCAGUCGAUAGACUCGAGCAGUUUAUCUAAAGCAAGUUGGGAAACUUUAACCGACUAUGAUCGACAAUCGGAGGAUAGUGAUGAAACUUUGACAUCAGUUGUGGAAGACGAAAAAAUUGAUGUUGAUAAUAAGCAAUUGGUAACUCCACAAGAGCAGAUUGUUGUCUUUAAGCCUUCAGUUGAAAGGUUCUCUACAAUCCGCACUAAAUUUCAACAUCAGCGUCAUAUAAUUGCGGCUCCUCGUGUCAUUAUACAAUUGUUCAGAUGCAAUCCCUCCUAUCGAUGCUGUCCCUGUAAUCCCAAUGCACCAAAUUUCUUUGAGCAACUCGCUCAGUUCUCGGAGAUCAUGGGAGUGAGUGGCAAGGAUUGUCCACUAGAUGCUGUCGGGAUUAGAGCACGUAUCGAGUUGACCAUGCGACAGAUUAUGUAUGAGCCAUUGUGGAGUCCCGAGUUGUGUAUUCGUGAGAUAGCCAAGAUUCAGUUGCUUCAGCUGCUCACACUUGAGGAGCAGCGGGAAUAUGAGAUGCUUCGCUGGCAUUAUCGAGAUCGAGGUGUCUGCAGUGAUCUCUCAUCGGAGGAUCGGCAAAGGGAUGCUCUCCACGGGAUGUUGGGUUGUGAGUGUCUGCAGUUGAUGCCUUCGGCGUUUAAGUUCCGUCUGUUGUUGCGUUCUCCACAUCAUCAGCAGGACAUAAGUGAAUCCUUCUUGCUGCUGUCUCUGGGUCACUUGGGCUAUUACUACAAGUCUCUGCAACAACAACAGUUGAGACUGUGCCUCUUUGGAGAAUGUGGCAAGAUCUUGGCACAUUGCCUUCGCGAGGAGUUGUUGAAACUCUACAGAUUCCAUCAGGCACAACAAUUGCAGCCGGAAAGUCUGAUCCGUUUGUUUUUGUAUACGAGAAACCUUCAGCUGAGAUACCAAUGGUUACUUCAAGUCUGUCAAGGAUUAACUCGCAAGUUUCCUUUGCUGACAGCUCUUCAUCGGCAUUUGGGACAAGGCAACGCAGACUAUGAUGAGCUGCUUCAACAGUGGGUAUUAAAAGUCACACAGCCGCUGCUGAACAGGAUAACCAAGUGGUUGCUGAAGGGACAGCUGACCAAGGACUUUUUUAUUGUAGCUUAUGAGAAAACAGAUCCGUUUCUUUAUUGGUCAUCACAUUUUAAAAUAAUUGCGGAGCUGCUGCCUCCAUUUCUGGACAGCAAUUUAGCUCAGCUGCUGCUCGGCGUAGGCAGAAGUCAACAUUAUGCCAGGAAAUAUUUAGAAAUUGUCUUGCCAAACUCUAUAAAGACGGAGCAGCUGCAUCAACAGCUGAGUGAGGCCUGUGAGCAGAGUUUUCAAGAACUAAAUGUCCAGCCAAUGAGGGAACUCAUCCUCAAACUAAAGCAGCAGACAUCCCAGCUGCUUUUAAUGCAACUGCAACAACUCAGUCCAACUCUAUUAGAUAUACUAAGUAAUUUGCAUCAAUAUUUGCUGCUUACAGAUGUGGAUUUUGUAAGGAAGCUGAUUGAGCUGCUAGAACCGGCAUUGGAGCAGCCUUUAGAUUGUUAUGAUGUCCAACAAUUGAACAACUUGAUGGAACAGUUGCUGGACAGGCACAAUCAGCAGUUGUAUGUAGAUCAAUCCAAGACAGAGGGUAAACUUUGCUGGAGUCGCUUUCUCUUGAAAUGGAAAUUGCCUACUCACUGGACAGUACUUCUAGGACAUCGUUUGGAGCAGUAUUCAUCCUGUUUUGUGGGUCUCUGGCAACUUCAUCACGCCGACUACGUGCUCUCGGAACGCAUUCGACGACAGCAAUCGCAUUUCUUGGAACGCAUUGGUUUCCACCACUCGGAAGACGCUUUGCUUGUGGGAGAGAGUUUCGAUCAGUUUAUCGAUAAACUAUUAAAAUUCAUGUCCACACUACGAAAUUACUUCCUUCAUGAUGUGCUUGGCAGUGCCUUUGAAAGUCUCUUAAUUGCCUGUAGAAUAACUAAAAGUCUGGAUGAGUUAUUGGAUCUCCAUAGCGAAUAUCUUAAUGGCAUUGAGUGUGGCGUUCUUCAGACCAAAAUGGGUUUCAAGUCUCAUCAAUGUCUGGCAGAUCUGUAUAAUAUCAUUUUUCAAUUGGACGCUGAGCAACAAAGAUUUUUGUCUCUCUGUCCACUGUUUAACAAGUCCAACGAAGGCGCCCUAUUUAAGGAAUUCCAUUGGUCCUGUUUAAAUACCUGUGAUACCCUGAACCAUUUGCAUGAACAAUUCCAAUUGGGGUUAGUUAACUUUUUGCUAGCACUGUAUUCCACAGGUGGGGAACAGUUUGCGGCCCUGGCCAAAAAAUUGGAUCACAAUCGUUAUUACGCCAAGAGGUUCAAUCAAUUAGAAAAAGUCAACACUUUCCAAUUUCAGCGGAAAUUCGCUAAUCGAAAUGAAAAAUUUACAGGUUAAUUAUUAAUAAUUCGUCAUUUCAUUUA